AUGGAAGUUAAAGUUGAAAUUAAGAAAGACUUUGAUGAACAUGAUCAAAAAUAUAUGGAGGCUCCGUUAACCACAUCGAUAGAUCUGGAAAACUUGAAAAAUGAACCCGAGGAAGAACUAGUCGCACCAUGUACUAGCUACAAAGAAGUGUAUGUUAUAACUAGUCGUGCGGGAAAAAAAAGAUCAGCGGGUUGUGUUAAAUAG